AUGGCGAACGCGAACGUUUCAGACCGACGAAGCUCACCGACAGCGGGCGAUUUGGAUGACCUUUUUGAUUAUGACAUUGGUUUGGAUGAAAUUAUUCCAGAUGAAAAUGCCCCCAAUGCCAACAGUGCCAAGGCCUCGGGGACAGGGGACUCUGCUCUCGGUUUGGGUCUUGAUGAAGAAGUCAAAGUCACAAAGAAACGACACCCUGUGGUCAAAUUAGACGAGGGCCGUUUACUCUCACAACCGGGUAUACCCAAACUGCGCCAUACUGCCAGACAGAGGCUAAAAUUCAAGGGCAAAGGACAAGAGUUCAAGGAUGCCGCACGCCUGCUCAACUUUUACCAGCUAUGGCUCGAUGAUCUAUUUCCACGCGCAAAAUUUGCAGACGGUCUGGCAAUGAUUGAGAAACUGGGACACUCAAAACGCAUCCAGGCUAUGCGACGAGAAUGGAUAGAAGAAGAGAAACCGAGGGGUUUUAAUGGCUCUGGACCUACACGAGAAGAGCUCGAAAAUCGCGACCUCCUCAAGAAUCCUGAAGAUCUCAAUCAUAACCCAGCUGCGAUGGUUCAGGACCAGGAAGGGGCUGCCGACCAAGAUCUAUUUCUUCCAGACCCAAACAAGAGUGCACGACCUAUAAUCAGCUACCCCGAGCUCGAGCCCGAGGAAGAUGAUUUGGAGGAUCUUCUCAGAGAACAAGAUGAGCCUAUGACUGAUUUUACCCCCGAUAUGCGUGUCUCAUCUUCACGGGGACCAAACAAUGAUAAUGACAACUAUGACGCUGAAUAUGAAGCGAUGAAGGAGCUUGGGAUGUAG